UUUUUUUUUUUUCAAAUUAAUGGUUUUAUUUCCAUCUUUAACACUAGCAGAGGAGUCCAAAACAGAUUGAUAUCCAUGGAUAUAGUUUAAAUGUAACAAAGAAAAAGCUGAACUAUGUACACUGAAAAAAGGAGAGACAUUUUCAUACCAACCUUUUCCUGGUUUGCAGUUUCUCAAUAGUAGAAACCAAACACAUUAAAAUUUUUUUUUACCAAUUUAAUUUAGGACGAAGUAACACAACUUUUAUUAUCAACCACUUGAGUUAUCUUUAAGGAUAAAACUUAAAGAAAUUUAAAAAUGGGUAUUAACCAUAUUUUAUUAGUGGACUGGCUCCAAGGUUGCCUUGCUCCAAGUCUGGGCAUCACAACGUUGCCAUGACACCCAGAAGAAAGUUAAUGGCAAUGAUGUCCAGUCAGAGGGCAGACACGCUAAACAUCAGCUGGAGUAAGCCUCGGGACUGUUCGCUCAUCCCAGCCUGUGACAGCUGGGAGUGGAUUACUUUGAUUACUGCCCUGAGCUGGGCCGAGUCUCCUUGGAGUUGCACAUUGAGCGGAUAACUCUGAACACCGAGCAGAAAGCCUUCAAGGUGCUGCGGAUCUGUGAGCAGCGGCAGAUGACUGAACAAGUUCGCAGCAUUUGUAAGAUCUUAGCCAUGAAAGCCGUCCGCAACAAUCGCCUGGGUUCUGCCUUCUCUUGGAGCAUCCGCGCUAAGGAUGCCGCCUUUGCCACGCUUGUGUCAGACCGGUUCCUCAGGGAUUACUGUGAGCGAGGCUGCUUUUCUGAUUUGGAUCUCAUCGACAACCUGGGGCCAGCCAUGAUGCUCAGUGACCGACUGACAUUCCUGGGAAAGUAUCGCGAGUUCCACCGUGUGUAUGGGGAGAAGCGUUUUGCCGAUGAAGCUUCACUCCUUCUGUCCUUGAUGACGUCUCAGAUUGCCCCUCGGUCUUUCUGGAUGACUCUGCUGACAGAUGCCCUGCCCCUUUUGGAACAGAAACAGGUGAUUUUCUCAGCAGAACAGACGUAUGAGCUGAUGCAGUGUCUGGAGGACUUGACUUCAGGAAGACCAGUGCAUGGAGGACCCCACACCCAGCAGUGCCAGGAUGAUGACAUAGAGACUACCAAGGUGGAAAUGCUGAGGCUUGCUCUUGCACGAAAUCUUGCUCGGGCAAUUGUAAGAGAAGGCUCACUGGAAGGCUUCUGAGAGCUGCUUCAAUGUGGUAACUUUGUAUGACAAUGUAUAUAAUUUUUUAAAAAGAAUAAAUGUUCUUUUGCAAAAAAAAAAAA